AUGAGUACUGCUGAUGAAUUGAAACAGAAGGGUAAUGCCGCCUUUGCCAGUAAAGAUUUUACAGGAGCAAUUGAAUAUUUCACCGAGGCUAUUGCAGCUUCAACCACCCCCAAUCACGUCUUAUAUUCAAAUAGAUCUGCAUGUUACACAUCGUUGAAGCAAUUCCAAGAAGCUUUAAACGAUGCUCAACAGUGUGUGAAAAUUAACCCAGAUUGGUCUAAAGGUUACAACAGAAUGGGUGCUGCUCAUUUAGGACUAGGGGAUCUUGAUGAUGCUGAGAGUAAUUAUAAGAAAGCGUUGGAGUUAGAUAGCAAUAACAAAGCUGCUAGUGAAGGUUUAGAGCAAGUGCAUCGUGUUCAAGAAUCCAGAAAGAGUAGACCUGAUUUCGGUAUGACUGAAAUGUUCAGCGAUCCAAAUUUAAUCGAAAAAUUAAGACAAAAUCCAAAGACAAAAGACAUGAUGAAUGAUCCUUCAUUGGUCGCUAAAUUACAAAGCUAUAAGAGUAAUCCUCAAGGGUUAAGUAGUGAUUUGAUGGGUGAUCCAAGAUUGAUGACAAUUAUGGCUACUUUAUUAGGUAUUGACCUAAAUAUGCCAGAUUUAAACCAAUCAAACUCCAUGCCAAAGGAACCAAAAGAAGAACAAACUUCUGAGCAACAGAAACCUGAACCUACGAAGGAAGAAAAGAAUACUGAACCUGAACCAAUGGAUGUGGAUCAAGAGGGGGACAACGAAGGUGAGGAUGAAACCGCUAAAGCAAUUGCCGCUGCAGAUGCUGCCAAGGCUGAAGGUAACAAAUUGUAUAAAUCACACAAAUUCGAUGAAGCUAUUGCAGAAUAUAAUAAAGCAUGGGAUUUACAUAAGGACAUCACGUAUUUGAACAAUCGUUCAGCUGCAGAAUUUGAAAAGGGAGACUUUGAAACAGCUAUGAAUACAUUGAACGAAGCCGUUGAACAAGGUAGAGAAUUAAGAGCUGAUUAUAAAUUAAUCGCCAAAUCAUUUGCACGUAUGGGUAAUGCUUAUUCAAAGCAAAAGAAUUUGAAAAAGGCAAUUGAAUAUUACCAAAAAUCAUUAACUGAACAUAGGACUGCUGAUAUCUUAACUAAACUAAGAACUUGUGAAAAGGAAUUGAAGAAACAAGAAAUUGAAGAAUAUAUUAACCCUGAAAAGGCUGAAGAAGCCCGUUUAGAAGGUAAAGAAUAUUUCACCAAAAGUGAUUGGCCAAAUGCUGUGAAGGCAUAUACUGAAAUGAUUAAGAGAGCUCCUGAAGAUGCUCGUGGUUAUUCUAACAGAGCUGCUGCAUUAGCAAAGUUGAUGUCAUUCCCAGAAGCCAUUAAAGAUUGUGAAAAGGCUAUUGAAAAGGAUCCAAACUUUGUUAGAGCCUAUUUAAGAAAGGCAACAGCACAAAUUGCCAUCAAAGAUUUCGUUAAGGCCUUAGAAACUUUAGAGGAAGCUAAGAAGAAGGAUGAUGAAGUUAAUAACGGUGCAUCAAGUAAUGAAAUUAUGAAAUUGCAAAUGAAGGCUACUCAAGAACGUUUCCAAGCUCCAACUGGUAAUGAAACACCAGAAGAAACUUACAAGAGGGCCAUGCAAGAUCCUGAAGUUGCUGCAAUCAUGCAAGAUCCAGUGAUGCAAAGUAUUCUACAACAAGCUCAAAAUGACCCAGCUGCUUUACAGGAGCAUAUGAAGAAUCCUGAAAUUAGUAAAAAGAUUCAAGUCUUAGUUUCCGCUGGUAUUAUUCGUACUGGAUAUCGUUAA